AUGAAGGCCAUGCAGCUGUCCAUCCAGCGCGCUCGCAUUGUACCGGCAACAACGGUUCCGCUCUUCUCAUCAGUCGAGCAACACUUGCUCCUGCACCGGAAGCGGAAGUUGCACUCAACUUCGGCAGCACUACACGGGGGUGGCAACGCAGACACUGCAGCCACCGCGGGCCAAUUCGAGCGGCAGGGACCGGCACCAGCCAAGCAGGGUGGCAUCAGUUCGCUCGACUACUGCAUCACCCAGAGCAAGAAGCUGGACUAUGAGCACUACCUGUGCGGCAUGUACUUGCCUAAGGAAGCGCGUGCCCCCUACUCUGUCCUGCGAGCAUUCAACAUCGAGACGGCAAUUAUCAAGGACAUCGCAAAGCAGGCACCGCUUGGAUUGAUGAGGAUUCAGUUCUGGCGGGACUUGGUGGACAAAUCGUUCAAGGGUAACCCGCCUGAACACCCUGUUGCCAUCCAGAUCGCUGCCAUGGUGCCGCGCUACAAGUGGACGCGCACCUGGUUUACUCGCAUCUUGAACAAACGGGCGGAAGAUAUUGAAGGGCGGCCUAUGCCCACGCUAGCUGCGCUGGAAAACUUCACCGAAGACACCGCCUCGUCCCUGCUCUAUCUCACCUUGGAAUCCUUGCGCAUUCGCAACAUGGACGCCGACCACGCCGCUUCCCACAUCGGCAAGGCCGUCGGCAUCUCCUUCUUGCUGCGCGGUACGCCGUACCACCUACAGCAGCGACAGACCUAUCUGCCAAUGGACCUGCUAGCCAAGCAUGGCGUAUCGGAAGAGGCAAUAUAUCAGGGCAACCUCGAGCACGCUCAAAAUCUACCCGAGGUUGUUUAUGAGGUCGCAUCUGCCGCGCACGCCCAUCUCAAGCACGCACGAGAGCUCAAAUCAACCGUGCCCAAGGAGGCGUAUUCGGCUUUGUAUUCCUCGUUCAUUGCCGAAGACUACCUCAACAAGCUGGAGAAGGCCAAGUUCAACGGGUCUCUCGGUCUGCAGGCCAAGCUCCUAUACAACCACUACGUGGGCCACAAGUACUGA